AUGUUUUUGUUUUUGCCGUAGACUCGUUUUUCGUUUUCUUCGGUCAAUGUAUUUGUGCAGUUAAUUUUUUUUUCAAGUAACCAUUACGUGUUUAUGUGGCAAACUGCAAAUGUAUGGUAUACAUGUGUGUUUUUUCCGAUACAGAUUAGACACAUAUGCAAAGUUGGAAGAGUCCGUGUCCAGGAAAACAAGUAACUAAUUGAAUCGAAACAAAGACGUGAAAGAAAACAAAGCAAUCGAGAUAUAAUAUUUGAUCGAAUCAAAAAACAAAAAAAGAAAAGUGUGAAGCACAUCUUAACAAAAUCAUCAUCACCUACCAGCAUUGCUUGUGCAGCCCGCUAAGAUGACGCAACCGUUGCCCAUUCGUUUUCAGGAGCACUUACAGCUCACAAAUGUUGGAAUCAACGCCAAUUCCUUCUCCUUUAGCACGCUCACAAUGGAGUCGGACAAGUUCAUAUGCGUGCGGGAGAAGGUUAACGAUACCAACCAGGUGGUCAUCAUUGAUAUGAACGAUGCCACCAAUCCCACUCGCCGUCCCAUAUCAGCUGAUUCGGCAAUUAUGAAUCCAGCUAGCAAGGUUAUUGCGCUCAAAGCCCAAAAGACGUUGCAGAUCUUUAACAUUGAAAUGAAAUCGAAAAUGAAGGCUCAUACAAUGAACGAGGAUGUUGUGUUCUGGAAAUGGAUAUCCCUGAAUACCCUGGCUCUUGUCACGGAAACGAGCGUAUUCCAUUGGUCAAUGGAGGGCGAUUCGAUGCCACAGAAGAUGUUUGAUCGCCACUCCUCCCUUAACGGAUGUCAAAUUAUCAAUUAUCGAUGCAAUGCAUCACAGCAAUGGCUGCUUCUCGUGGGCAUAUCGGCGCUCUCGAGUCGCGUUGCCGGCGCCAUGCAGCUGUAUUCCGUGGAACGUAAGGUUUCCCAGGCCAUCGAGGGUCAUGCCGCUAGCUUUGCCACCUUUAAGCUGGACGGCAACAAGGAGCCAACGACGCUGUUCUGCUUCGCUGUUCGCACCUCAAGCGGCGGCAAGCUGCACAUCAUUGAGGUGGGAACACCGCCAACCGGUAACCAGGCCUUUCCCAAGAAAGCCGUCGAUGUAUUCUUCCCGCCGGAAGCCCUCAAUGAUUUCCCCGUGGCAAUGCAAGUGUCGGCCAAGUAUGAUACCAUCUAUUUGAUAACCAAAUAUGGAUAUAUUCAUCUGUACGAUAUGGAAACUGCGACGUGCAUCUACAUGAAUCGUAUAUCGGCCGAUACGAUUUUUGUGACGGCACCGCACGAGGCCAGUGGCGGCAUCAUUGGCGUCAAUCGCAAGGGUCAGGUGCUAUCGGUGACCGUUGACGAGGAGCAGAUCAUUCCGUACAUCAAUACGGUUCUGCAGAAUCCCGAUCUGGCGCUGCGUAUGGCUGUUCGGAAUAAUUUGGCCGGAGCCGAGGAUCUGUUUGUGCGAAAGUUCAAUAAGCUCUUUACCGCCGGCCAGUAUGCCGAGGCGGCCAAGGUGGCUGCACUGGCUCCGAAGGCCAUAUUGCGUACCCCGCAAACGAUUCAGCGUUUCCAGCAGGUCCAGACGCCGGCGGGUUCCACCACGCCGCCAUUGCUGCAAUAUUUUGGCAUUCUGCUCGAUCAGGGAAAGCUGAACAAGUUCGAGUCCCUGGAGCUCUGCCGCCCCGUUUUGCUGCAGGGCAAGAAGCAGCUGUGCGAGAAGUGGCUGAAGGAGGAGAAGCUCGAGUGCAGCGAGGAGCUGGGUGACCUGGUGAAGGCAUCGGAUUUGACGCUGGCCCUCUCCAUUUACCUGCGUGCCAAUGUGCCGAACAAGGUGAUCCAAUGUUUUGCGGAGACGGGACAGUUCCAGAAGAUUGUCCUCUAUGCCAAGAAGGUGAACUACACGCCGGACUAUGUUUUCCUGCUGCGCUCAGUUAUGCGCAGCAAUCCGGAGCAGGGAGCCGGCUUUGCCUCCAUGCUGGUGGCCGAGGAGGAACCCCUGGCGGACAUUAAUCAAAUUGUGGAUAUCUUCAUGGAGCACACGAUGGUGCAGCAGUGCACAGCCUUCCUGCUGGAUGCCUUGAAGCACAAUCGACCGGCUGAGGGUGCCCUGCAGACGCGGCUCCUCGAAAUGAACUUGAUGUCGGCACCGCAAGUGGCUGAUGCCAUUCUGGGCAACGCCAUGUUCACCCACUACGAUCGCGCCCACAUUGCCCAGUUGUGCGAGAAGGCUGGACUCUUGCAGCGUGCCCUGGAGCACUACACGGAUCUGUAUGACAUCAAGCGGGCCGUUGUCCACACGCACAUGCUGAACGCCGAGUGGCUGGUCAGCUUCUUUGGCACCCUCUCCGUGGAGGACUCUUUGGAGUGCCUCAAGGCGAUGCUAACGGCCAAUUUGCGUCAAAAUCUGCAAAUCUGUGUCCAGAUUGCCACUAAAUACCACGAACAGCUGACGACCAAGGCGCUGAUUGAUCUCUUUGAGGGCUUCAAGAGCUACGACGGCCUGUUCUACUUCCUGAGCAGCAUCGUCAACUUCUCGCAGGACCCCGAGGUGCACUUCAAGUACAUUCAGGCCGCCUGCAAGACGAAUCAAAUCAAGGAGGUGGAGCGCAUUUGCCGCGAGUCCAAUUGCUACAAUCCCGAGCGGGUUAAGAACUUCCUGAAGGAGGCCAAGCUGACCGAUCAGCUGCCGCUGAUCAUCGUCUGCGAUCGCUUUGACUUUGUUCACGACCUGGUGCUCUAUCUCUACCGGAAUAAUCUGCAAAAGUAUAUCGAGAUUUAUGUGCAGAAGGUGAAUCCCUCCCGCCUGCCCGUCGUUGUGGGCGGUCUGCUCGAUGUCGAUUGCAGCGAGGAUAUCAUCAAGAAUCUGAUUCUGGUGGUCAAGGGUCAGUUCUCAACGGACGAGCUGGUUGAGGAGGUGGAGAAGCGCAAUCGCCUCAAGCUGCUGCUGCCCUGGCUGGAGUCGCGCGUCCACGAGGGCUGCAUUGAGCCGGCCACGCACAAUGCAUUGGCCAAGAUCUACAUUGAUUCGAACAACAAUCCGGAGCGAUUCCUCAAGGAGAAUCAGUACUACGAUAGCCGUGUUGUGGGACGCUACUGCGAGAAGCGGGAUCCCCAUCUCGCCUGUGUGGCCUACGAGCGGGGAUUGUGCGAUCGCGAGCUGAUUGCCGUUUGCAACGAGAAUUCGCUGUUCAAGAGCGAGGCCCGCUAUCUAGUCGGACGUCGCGAUGCUGAGCUCUGGGCCGAGGUCCUGUCCGAGGCCAAUCCCUACAAGCGCCAGCUGAUCGAUCAGGUUGUCCAGACGGCGCUCUCCGAGACGCAGGAUCCCGACGACAUCUCGGUGACUGUGAAGGCCUUCAUGACCGCCGACUUGCCAAACGAACUGAUCGAGUUGCUUGAGAAGAUUAUACUGGACUCGUCGGUGUUCAGCGAUCAUCGGAAUCUGCAGAACCUACUGAUUCUGACCGCCAUUAAGGCGGAUCGCACCCGCGUCAUGGACUACAUCAAUCGAUUGGACAACUACGAUGCCCCGGAUAUAGCCAACAUUGCGAUCAGCAACCAGCUGUACGAGGAGGCCUUUGCCAUCUUCAAGAAGUUCGAUGUGAACACCUCCGCCAUCCAGGUGCUCAUCGAUCAGGUGAACAAUCUGGAACGGGCCAAUGAGUUCGCCGAGCGAUGCAAUGAGCCGGCCGUGUGGUCUCAGCUGGCCAAGGCCCAGCUGCAGCAGGGACUGGUCAAGGAGGCCAUCGAUUCGUACAUCAAGGCCGACGAUCCGAGUGCCUAUGUGGAUGUCGUUGAUGUGGCCAGCAAUGUUGAGUCGUGGGACGAUCUCGUCCGGUAUCUGCAAAUGGCCCGCAAGAAGGCCCGCGAGAGUUACAUUGAGAGCGAGCUGAUUUAUGCCUACGCCCGUACGGGACGCCUGGCCGAUCUGGAGGAGUUCAUAUCGGGUCCGAACCAUGCCGAUAUCCAGAAGAUUGGCGAUCGCUGCUUCAGCGAUGGAAUGUACGAUGCCGCCAAGCUGCUGUACAACAACGUUAGCAACUUUGCCCGUCUGGCCAUCACGCUGGUGUAUCUGAAGGAGUUCCAGGGAGCCGUCGACUCGGCGCGAAAGGCCAACUCGACGCGCACCUGGAAGGAGGUGUGCUUCGCCUGCGUCGAUGCUGAGGAGUUCCGAUUGGCCCAGAUGUGCGGAUUGCACAUUGUGGUUCAUGCCGAUGAGCUGGAGGAUUUGAUUAAUUAUUAUCAGAAUCGCGGACACUUUGAUGAAUUGAUUGCCCUGCUGGAGUCUGCUCUGGGCCUGGAAAGAGCCCACAUGGGCAUGUUCACGGAGCUGGCCAUUCUCUAUUCUAAAUUCAAGCCGUCGAAAAUGCGCGAACAUUUGGAGCUGUUCUGGUCGCGAGUCAACAUACCGAAGGUUUUGCGUGCCGCCGAGUCGGCACAUUUGUGGUCAGAGCUGGUCUUCCUUUACGACAAGUACGAGGAAUAUGACAAUGCCGUUCUGGCCAUGAUGGCCCAUCCCACGGAGGCGUGGCGUGAGGGCCACUUCAAGGACAUUAUCACCAAGGUGGCCAACAUUGAGCUCUACUACAAGGCAAUUGAGUUUUAUUUGGACUUCAAGCCGUUGCUAUUGAACGACAUGCUCCUGGUCCUGGCGCCCCGCAUGGACCACACUCGUGCCGUUGGCUACUUCUCGAAAACCGGCUAUUUGCCGCUAGUCAAGCCCUAUCUGCGCUCAGUCCAAUCUCUCAACAACAAGGCAAUCAAUGAAGCCCUCAAUGGACUACUGAUCGACGAAGAGGACUACCAGGGACUGCGUAACUCGAUCGAUGGCUUUGACAACUUCGAUAACAUCGCAUUGGCCCAAAAGCUGGAGAAGCAUGAACUUACGGAAUUCCGCCGCAUCGCUGCCUACUUGUACAAGGGCAAUAACCGCUGGAAACAGAGCGUUGAGCUCUGCAAAAAGGAUAAACUCUACAAGGAUGCUAUGGAAUAUGCCGCCGAGUCGGGCAAGCAGGAUAUUGCCGAGGAGUUGCUGGGCUGGUUCCUAGAGCGCGAUGCCUACGAUUGCUUUGCAGCAUGUCUAUAUCAGUGCUACGACUUGCUGCGCCCCGAUGUCAUUUUGGAGCUAGCCUGGAAACACAAAAUUGUGGACUUUGCCAUGCCUUACUUAAUACAGGUUUUGCGCGAAUAUACCAGCAAGGUCGAUCGGUUAGAGCUGAACGAAGCUCAGCGGGAAAAGGAGGACGAUACCACGGAACAUAAAAAUAUUAUUCAAAUGGAGCCACAGCUAAUGAUCACAGCUGGCCCGGCAAUGGGCAUUCCGCCGCAAUAUUCGCAGAAUUAUCCGCCAAAUGCCGCGGCGACUGUUGCAGCAGCGUCAGCAGCAGGAGCAGGGCGUAACAUGGGUUAUCCGUAUUUGUAGGCCACAUUAUAAUUCUAAUUAUACAACAUUAAACCAUUAAUUAAAACGACCUUUACAAAAUAAAUGUAUCAGCAUUAUAAAGAAAAUACCAAUAAAACAAGAACAAUAAUAAUCGUCAAAACAACAACAAAUGCAUACAAAACAACAACAUAACUUCAGAUUGAGAAUAAGUCGUAAAAUCAUUAUUCAAUACAAAAACAUCGAAGUUCUAAAACGUUUUCGAUGAGCUAUCGAUAAAUAUCGAUGCGUAUCCAUGGUCGAUUUUUGGCGUGUUUUUCUUGUUAUUCCUUUAUAUAUAGAAAAAUAAAUUGCUUUUAUCAUAUUUAAUGUUUUUGUUUUUGAUUACAAAAGUGAAAACAGAGAUAGAGCGAGAGCAAGCAUAAAUAAAUAUAUACAUAUACACUGAAAUUUGCAAUGUUUAAUUCAAAGACGAAAAUAGCAUAUUAAUUUGGGCUUAAAAUAUUUUAAUAAACAUAUGUAUGUAUGUAUAAGAACAUAUUUCAGCAUUGCAAUUGACACCCUAACUAUUUCAAGAUUUCUAUGAUCAACAAAUUAGUACAUUUUAAAUCAUAUUCCAUAUUAUCUAUAAACAAAACUCUGGAAGAGUAUAUACAUUUACUGUUCGAUCUUGUAAGAAAUAUUACACUAAAAUAUGAAUAAUAAAUCUUCAGUGUCGUAGGUGAGACACCGUUUCGUAAAAA